AGUCUCCUCGGCCCACGGUACACGGUACACGGAAGCACAACGAAUGUGUGUGGCUGUCACUUCGUAUAAUCCAUAGGAGUGGGUUUUGGAAUAUCUUGUGUUAACCCUUGCCUGGGUAUGUUGUGUGGUAACCCCGGGAAGACGGUAUUCCUCUGUCAGGUCACUUUCGCUGAUAACUCGUCUGUGGACGGAUUCAACGGAUAAGAACUUCGUCGACGGUUAUUUUGAAGUAACGGCCUUUUCUUUACGUUUCACCAUGGAUUACAAGCAUCUCUCUCCCAUCAUUUAUUCCGUAGAUUACUGAAUUUUCCUACUUUACCAUUUAAAGACUCUAAGCUUUGUUCCCUCAGACUCGAUAGUCUGGGAAAUACAUUUACACACAUAUACACUUAACACUGUUAACUUUCCUUUAUUUCGUUGUUACUAUAUUAUAAAUAGAUACUAAUAAAGAGAGUGAUUUUAACAUCAAAACCAGACUCCAGUGUGAACUCUAUUGCUGCUGGUUCGUUUCUAAAACGUUGCAGCUCGUAACACAGUUUUAUAAAACUAGUUAGACCACAUCUGGAGUGUUUCAUACAGUUCUGGUCGCCCCCAUUCUCGAAAGGAUGUCGGGGCUUUGGACAGGGCACAGAAGAGGUUUACCAGGACACUGCCUGGAUUAGAGAGCAGGAGCUAUAACGAGAGGCUGGACAAACUUGUGUUGUUUUCUCCAGAGCGGCGCAGGCUGGGGUGAGACUGGAUGGACGUUUAUAAGAUUACGAGAGGAAUAGAUAGAGUGGACAGACGAUAUAUUUUUCCUGGGGGUUGAAAUGUCUAAUACAUUUAAGGUGAGAGGAGAUGUGAGCGGCAAGUUUGCUUCUUUCCACUGACUAAUGAGUAGCUGGAGUCUCUGCCUUGGGGGGAGGGGGGAGGUGUCACCAAUCCUGACGAGUAAUCCCAUUUGCCCCUCCCAUUUAACCGCAGCAUCUGCGUGGCCCCGCCUCCCGAUGAUGUAACAAUCUCUUCGCGCAUGUUCACAGUCUCCGGGUGGACGGUGUUAUCCUCUCCGCUCAGAGCUGAAGUGGGUCGGCCGUGUGUUCGGGAAAGACUUUCGACUCUUCCUUCGAGAUCACUCUCUGCGGGCCGAAGAUAUCACUUCAAUACUUCGGUAUUGAGACCGAUCCCGAGCGGGGAGAUCUGAUGUUGGCCGUGAGCCCGGAACUGAGGGCCAGUUAAUCAUCUAUUUUCCAGCUAUCUGGGCUCGUCAGAAAUGUGUCGACUUAACUUAAUCUGCAUUGAACGAUCCAAACCAGGAGCCCAGGCUGUCUGUUUCAGCAGAAUUGAAAUGGAAGACUCGCAGACAGGUCACUUGUGUCUUGUGCCGCAGAUUCGCCCCGCCUCCGCUUUGUGACGCCAGAUCACGUGGUUGAUUUUGGCCACUGACUGUGUUCAGUUAAAACUGCGGUGAGAGAUUUAUUGGAAGAAAACGCAUGACUGAAGACGAGGGAACAGCAACAUGUGAACCAGCCCGAGGAUUGAGAGCACUGACUGGAGAGGACCCAUAUGACUCGGAGAUUCCAGUGAUUCAGUCAGGAGAAAGUUUGGUUAAAAACUGGAAGGAAUAUGUCUCCAGGAACCUCAAACACGGCACAACAAUUUUCUUGUCUCUGUCUGGAUAUUUAAGAAGUGGAGCAAGGGAUUCAAUCGGCCAUCCUUCCUGCUCAGACUGUGGGGAGGGAUUCUCUUGGUCAUCUGACCAACUAGCAAGCCGGGCAUUUUACACAGGAGAGAGGCCGUUCACCCGCACAGACAGUGGGAAUCGAUUCACUUGGUCAUUUCAACUGAAGGUACAUCAGCAAGUUCACACUGGGCAAGGCCAUUCAUCUAUUCUGUGUGUGAGAAAGGAUUCUAUCGGGCAUCCCACCUGCGGACAGACCAGUCAGAUGACACUGGGCAGAGCUGGUCAUCUGCUGAAUUUCGGGGAAGGGAUUCUUUCAGUCAUCUGACCUAAUGGCACACCAGCGUGUUCACACCAGGGGGCAGGCAUUCACCUGCACAGUCUGUGGGAAAGGAUUCACUGCAUCAUCCAACCUACAGAGACAUCAGCGUGUUCACACUGGGGAGAAGCCAUUCACCUGCUCAGUCUGUGGGAAGGGAUUCACUCAGUCAUCCCACCUACAGAGUCAUCAGCGAGUUCACACUGGGGAGAAGCCGUUCACCUGCUCAGUCUGUGGGAAGGGAUUCUCUCAGUCAUCCAACCUACAGAAUCAUCAGCGAGUUCACACUGGGGAGAAGCCGUUCACCUGUUCAGAAUGUGGGAUAGGAUUCACUCAGUCAUCCCAACUACUGGCACAUCAGUCAGUUCAUAAUGGUGAGUGGCCAUUCACCUGCUCAGUCUGUGGGAAGGGAUUCACUCAGUCAUCCAACCUACAGAGUCAUCAGCGAGUUCACACUGGGGAGAAGCCGUUCACCUGCUCAGUCUGUAUGAAGGGAUUCACUCAGUUAUCCAGCCUACAGAGUCAUCAGCGAGUUCACACUGGGGAGAAGCCAUUCACCUGCUCAGACUGUGGGAAGAGUUUCACUCGGUCAUCCCAACUACUGGCACACCAGUCAGUUCAUACUGGGGAGAAGCCAUACACCUGCUCAGUCUGUGGGAAGGGAUUCUCUGAGUCAUCCAGAUUACUGAGUCAUCAGCGAGUUCAUACUGGGGAGAAGCCAUUCACCUGCUCAGACUGUGGGAAGGGAUUCACUCAGUCAUCCAAUCUACAGAAUCAUCAGCGAAUUCACACUGGGGAGAAGCCAUUCACCUGCUCAGUCUGUGGGAAGGGAUUCACUCAGUCAUCCACCCUACUGAGUCAUCAGCGUGUUCACACUGGGGAGAGGCCAUUCACUUGCUCAGUCUGUGGGAAGGGAUUCUCUCACUCAUCCACCCUACAGAGACACCAGCGAGUUCACAGUGGGGAGAGACCAUUCACCUGCUCAGUCUGUGGGAAGGGAUUCACUCAGUCAUCUGACCUAAUGGCACACCAGCGUGUUCACACCAGGGGGCAGGCAUUCACCUGCACAGUCUGUGGGAAGGGAUUCACUCAGUCAUCCCAACUACAGAAUCAUCAGCGAGUUCACACUGGGGAGUGGCCGUUCACCUGCUCAGAAUGUGGGAAAAGAUUCACUCAGUCAUCCACCCUACUGAGUCAUCAGCGUGUUCACACUGGGGAGAGGCCAUUCACUUGCUCAGUCUGUGGGAAGGGAUUCUCUCACUCAUCCACCCUACAGAGACACCAGCGAGUUCACAGUGGGGAGAGACCAUUCACCUGCUCAGUCUGUGGGAAGGGAUUCACUCAGUCAUCCAUCCUACGGAGUCAUCAGCGAGUUCACACUGGGGAGAAGCCAUUUACCUGCUCAGUCUGUGGGAAGGGAUUCACUCAGUUAUCCAGCCUGCAGAGUCAUCAGCGAUUUCACACUGGGGAGAAGCCAUUCACCUGCUCAGUCUGUGGGAAGGGAUUCACUCGGUCAUCCAUCCUACAGAGUCAUCAGCGAGUUCACACUGGGGAGAAGCCGUUCACCUGCUCAGUCUGUAUGAAGGGAUUCACUCAGUUAUCCAGCCUACAGAGUCAUCAGCGAGUUCACACUGGGGAGAAGCCAUUCACCUGCUCAGACUGUGGGAAGAGUUUCACUCGGUCAUCCCAACUACUGGCACACCAGUCAGUUCAUACUGGGGAGAAGCCAUACACCUGCUCAGUCUGUGGGAAGGGAUUCUCUGAGUCAUCCAGAUUACUGAGUCAUCAGCGAGUUCAUACUGGGGAGAAGCCAUUCACCUGCUCAGACUGUGGGAAGGGAUUCACUCAGUCAUCCAAUCUACAGAAUCAUCAGCGAAUUCACACUGGGGAGAAGCCAUUCACCUGCUCAGUCUGUGGAAAGGGAUUCACUCGGUCAUCCCACCUACAGAAUCAUCAGCGAGUUCACACUGGGGAGAAGCCAUUCAUCUGCUCAGAAUGCGGGAAGGGAUUCACUCAGUCAUCCACCCUACUGAGUCACCAGCGAGUUCACACUGGGGAGAAGCCAUUCACCUGCACAGUAUGUGGGAAGGGAUUCACUCGUUCAUCCACCCUACAGAGUCAUCAGCGAGUUCACACUGGGGAGAAGCCGUUCACCUGCUCAGUCUGUAUGAAGGGAUUCACUCAGUUAUCCAGCCUACAGAGUCAUCAGCGAGUUCACACUGGGGAGAAGCCGUUCACCUGCUCAGACUGUGGGAAGAGUUUCACUCGGUCAUCCCAACUACUGGCACACCAGUCAGUUCAUACUGGGGAGAAGCCAUACACCUGCUCAGUCUGUGGGAAGGGAUUCUCUGAGUCAUCCAGAUUACUGAGUCAUCAGCGAGUUCAUACUGGGGAGAAGCCAUUCACCUGCUCAGACUGUGGGAAGGGAUUCACUCAGUCAUCCAAUCUACAGAAUCAUCAGCGAAUUCACACUGGGGAGAAGCCAUUCACCUGCUCAGUCUGUGGGAAGGGAUUCACUCAGUCAUCCACCCUACUGAGUCAUCAGCGUGUUCACACUGGGGAGAGGCCAUUCACUUGCUCAGUCUGUGGGAAGGGAUUCUCUCACUCAUCCACCCUACAGAGACACCAGCGAGUUCACAGUGGGGAGAGACCAUUCACCUGCUCAGUCUGUGGGAAGGGAUUCACUCAGUCAUCUGACCUAAUGGCACACCAGCGUGUUCACACCAGGGGGCAGGCAUUCACCUGCACAGUCUGUGGGAAGGGAUUCACUCAGUCAUCCCAACUACAGAAUCAUCAGCGAGUUCACACUGGGGAGUGGCCGUUCACCUGCUCAGAAUGUGGGAAAAGAUUCACUCAGUCAUCCACCCUACUGAGUCAUCAGCGUGUUCACACUGGGGAGAGGCCAUUCACUUGCUCAGUCUGUGGGAAGGGAUUCUCUCACUCAUCCACCCUACAGAGACACCAGCGAGUUCACAGUGGGGAGAGACCAUUCACCUGCUCAGUCUGUGGGAAGGGAUUCACUCAGUCAUCCAUCCUACGGAGUCAUCAGCGAGUUCACACUGGGGAGAAGCCAUUUACCUGCUCAGUCUGUGGGAAGGGAUUCACUCAGUUAUCCAGCCUGCAGAGUCAUCAGCGAUUUCACACUGGGGAGAAGCCAUUCACCUGCUCAGUCUGUGGGAAGGGAUUCACUCGGUCAUCCAUCCUACAGAGUCAUCAGCGAGUUCACACUGGGGAGAAGCCGUUCACCUGCUCAGUCUGUAUGAAGGGAUUCACUCAGUUAUCCAGCCUACAGAGUCAUCAGCGAGUUCACACUGGGGAGAAGCCAUUCACCUGCUCAGACUGUGGGAAGAGUUUCACUCGGUCAUCCCAACUACUGGCACACCAGUCAGUUCAUACUGGGGAGAAGCCAUACACCUGCUCAGUCUGUGGGAAGGGAUUCUCUGAGUCAUCCAGAUUACUGAGUCAUCAGCGAGUUCAUACUGGGGAGAAGCCAUUCACCUGCUCAGACUGUGGGAAGGGAUUCACUCAGUCAUCCAAUCUACAGAAUCAUCAGCGAAUUCACACUGGGGAGAAGCCAUUCACCUGCUCAGUCUGUGGAAAGGGAUUCACUCGGUCAUCCCACCUACAGAAUCAUCAGCGAGUUCACACUGGGGAGAAGCCAUUCAUCUGCUCAGAAUGCGGGAAGGGAUUCACUCAGUCAUCCACCCUACUGAGUCACCAGCGAGUUCACACUGGGGAGAAGCCAUUCACCUGCACAGUAUGUGGGAAGGGAUUCACUCGUUCAUCCACCCUACAGAGUCAUCAGCGAGUUCACACUGGGGAGAAGCCUUUCACCUGCUCAGUCUGUGGGAAGGGAUUCACACAGUUAUCCAACCUACAGAGUCAUCAGCGAUUUCACACUGGGGAGAAGCCGUUCACCUGCUCAGACUGUGGGAUAGGAUUCACUCAGUCAUCACAACUACUGGCACACCAGUCAGUUCACAGUGGCGACUGGCCGUUGUUAUGAAUCCCUGGGUUUCGUUUGCUGUGGACUGUUAUUUUAAGAGAGAGAGAGAUUAGGAUGCCGAUUCAGUCUGACUUGCAGCUUGUUUUCAUUGCUCGCAGCUUGUUUAAUUUUAACCGAGGACACAGACACUCAGAGUCAGAUGGAGACAAAGGAGGAAAAAUGGAAGGAUCGAAACCAGGGAACUAGUGGCCAAGGGUCACUGUUUGGAACUUUCCUAUGCCCAUAAGGAUGGGUUAAUUAUUGAUUCACCGUACAUCGAAUGUGUGGUUGUCACCUCAUUUGAUCCUUAAGAGUGGAUCGGAUUUGGCGCAUCCUGUGGAGACCACUUAUGUGUUAACCCUUGCCUGGCUGUGGUGUGGUAGUUCACGAAGACGAUACCGCUUGUGACAAGUCACUUUCGAUGAUAAUUUGUAUGUGGAUUUGGAACGAUGACGGAUAAAAUCUCCAGCAACUGUUCUCUCGUUUUACCACCAUGGAACCUGUGCAAUUCUACAUAUUUGACUUCUCUCGCCAUUUACCCUGGAUUAUAAGUCUCUCUCUCUCAUCGCCUAUUCUGUAGUUGAACUGAACUUUAAUACUUACCAUCUCAAGACUGUAAGCCUUGUUUCCCCCGAGCUCAAUAGUUCGGGAGUUAUAUUUACACACAUUUAUAAACGUAACACUGUUAACUUCUGUUUAUCUUGUUUAAGUUGCAAUUUUACAAGAAGAUUCUAAUAAAGACAGAUUUAACAUCAAAA